UCUGAGCUGGAUGAAGAAUGAUGAGCAAUGUUCUGUGAUGGUGCCCGAGAUGCGUGGACUGAGCCCAGGCCGCAGGCUGCCCGAGCCCGCCCCCUGCCCGGCUGCGGGCGGGAGCCCUGAGCCGGGGCCCGCGGGCCGCCUCCGCCGCCACGUCCUGGCCCUGCCCGAGGAGGAGGCAUGGCGGCCCCAGCAGUGCGCCCUGCUCGAGGCCGACGCCUCGGACGAGGUGGGCAUGCUGCCGGUCUCCCCGCGCGCCGCCGCCGCCGGCUUCGACAACUUCUUCCCGGUGCAGGAGGGCGAGGGCCCGGGCUGGGAGGGCAGCUCCAGCCCCUUCCUCCCCGUGAGCCCCGAGGUGAUGAAGCGGCGGCGCGGCGGCCUCAUCGAGCAGCGCGACAUCAUCAAGGCCCACGAGGCGCACAAGAUGCAGAGCACCCCGCAGGCCCGGCGCAAGGAGUGGGAGAUGGCUCGCUUCGGGGAGGCGGUGGUCGGCAGGCCCGGGUCAGGCGAUGGAGACUCGGACCAGAGCAGGAACCGGCAAGGAACCCCCGUGCCUGCCUCGGGGCCGGCGGCCGCCUACAAGCAGUCGAAAGCGCAGAGGGCGCGGACUAUGGCUUUGUACAACCCCAUUCCCGUCCGGCAGAACUGUUUCACCGUCAACAGAUCCCUGUUCAUCUUCGGAGAAGAUAACAUUGUCAGGAAAUACGCCAAGAAGCUCAUCGAUUGGCCGCCAUUUGAGUACAUGAUCCUGGCCACCAUCAUUGCCAACUGCAUCGUCUUGGCCCUGGAGCAGCACCUUCCUGAGGAUGACAAGACCCCAAUGUCCCGCAGACUGGAGAAGACAGAACCAUAUUUCAUUGGGAUCUUUUGCUUUGAAGCUGGCAUCAAAAUCGUGGCCCUGGGGUUCAUCUUCCAUAAGGGCUCGUACCUCCGCAAUGGCUGGAAUGUCAUGGACUUCAUUGUGGUCCUCAGUGGCAUCCUGGCCACCGCGGGAACCCACUUCAAUACACACGUGGACCUGAGGACCCUCCGGGCCGUGCGUGUCCUGAGGCCCCUGAAGCUCGUGUCAGGCAUUCCUAGCCUGCAGAUUGUGUUGAAGUCCAUCAUGAAGGCCAUGGUGCCUCUUCUGCAGAUUGGCCUUCUGCUCUUCUUUGCCAUCCUGAUGUUUGCUAUCAUUGGCUUGGAGUUCUACAGUGGGAAGUUGCACCGAGCAUGCUUCAUGAACAAUUCAGGUAUUCUAGAAGGAUUUGACCCCCCUCACCCAUGUGGCGUGCAGGGCUGCCCAGCUGGUUAUGAAUGCAGGGACUGGAUUGGCCCCAACGAUGGGAUCACCCAGUUUGAUAACAUCCUUUUUGCUGUGCUGACUGUCUUCCAGUGCAUCACCAUGGAAGGGUGGACCACCGUGCUGUACAAUACCAAUGAUGCCUUAGGAGCCACCUGGAAUUGGCUGUACUUCAUCCCCCUCAUCAUCAUUGGAUCCUUCUUUGUUCUCAACCUAGUCCUGGGAGUGCUUUCUGGGGAAUUUGCCAAAGAGAGAGAGAGAGUGGAGAACCGGAGAGCUUUCAUGAAACUGCGGCGCCAGCAGCAGAUUGAGCGCGAGCUGAACGGGUACCGCGCCUGGAUAGACAAAGCAGAGGAAGUCAUGCUUGCUGAAGAAAAUAAAAAUGCUGGGACGUCAGCCUUAGAAGUGCUUCGAAGGGCAACAAUCAAAAGGAGCAGAACGGAGGCUAUGACUCGAGACUCCAGCGACGAGCACUGUGUCGAUAUCUCCUCUGUGGGCACACCUCUUGCCCGAGCCAGCAUCAAGAGUGCCAAAGUGGACGGGGCCUCCUAUUUCCGGCACAAGGAAAGGCUUCUGCGCAUUUCUAUCCGCCACAUGGUUAAAUCCCAGGUGUUUUACUGGAUUGUGCUGAGCCUUGUGGCUCUUAACACCGCCUGUGUGGCCAUCGUCCAUCAUAACCAGCCCCAGUGGCUCACCCACCUCCUCUACUAUGCAGAAUUUUUGUUUCUGGGGCUCUUCCUCUUGGAGAUGUCCCUGAAGAUGUACGGCAUGGGGCCCCGCCUUUAUUUUCACUCUUCAUUCAACUGCUUUGAUUUUGGGGUCACAGUGGGCAGUAUCUUCGAAGUGGUCUGGGCAAUCUUCAGACCUGGUACAUCUUUUGGAAUCAGUGUCUUACGAGCUCUCCGGCUUCUAAGAAUAUUUAAAAUAACCAAGUACUGGGCAUCCCUACGGAAUUUGGUGGUCUCCUUGAUGAGUUCCAUGAAGUCGAUCAUCAGUUUGCUCUUCCUCCUCUUCCUCUUCAUCGUUGUCUUUGCUCUUCUAGGAAUGCAGCUGUUUGGAGGCAGGUUUAAUUUUAAUGAUGGGACUCCUUCAGCAAACUUUGACACCUUCCCAGCAGCCAUCAUGACUGUAUUCCAGAUCCUGACGGGUGAGGACUGGAAUGAGGUGAUGUACAAUGGGAUCCGCUCCCAGGGCGGGGUCAGCUCAGGCAUGUGGUCGGCUAUCUACUUCAUUGUGCUCACCUUGUUUGGAAACUACACGCUGCUGAAUGUGUUCUUGGCCAUUGCUGUGGACAAUCUGGCCAAUGCCCAGGAGCUGACCAAGGAUGAGCAGGAAGAAGAGGAGGCCUUCAACCAGAAACACGCACUGCAGAAGGCCAAGGAGGUCAGCCCGAUGUCCGCACCCAACAUGCCAUCUAUCGAAAGAGACAGAAGGAGAAGACACCACAUGUCGAUGUGGGAGCCACGCAGCAGCCACCUGAGGGAGCGGAGGCGCCGACACCACAUGUCGGUGUGGGAGCAGCGCACCAGCCAGCUGAGAAGGCACAUGCAGAUGUCCAGCCAGGAGGCUCUCAAUAAAGAGGAGGCCCCGCCAAUGAACCCCCUCAACCCUCUCAACCCACUGAGCCCCCUCAACCCACUCAACGCCCACCCCAGCCUCUACCGGAGAUCAAGGCCCAUUGAGGGCCUGGCCCUGGGCCUGGGCCUGGAGAAGUGCGAGGAGGAACGCAUCAGCCGUGGCGGAUCCCUCAAGGGGGAUGGAGGGGAUCUCUCGAGUGCCCUGGACAAUCAGAGGAGCCCCUUGUCUCUGGGCAAACGGGAGCCGCCGUGGCUGUCCAGGCCCUGUCAUGGGAACUGUGACCCGACCCAGCAGGAGGCUGGGGGAGGGGAGACCGUGGUGACCUUCGAGGACCGGGCCAGGCACCGGCAGAGCCAGCGGCGCAGCCGGCACCGCCGCGUGCGGACAGAAGGCAAGGAGCCCACCUCCACCUCCCGGAGCAGGUCUGCCAGCCAGGAGCGGAGUCUGGAUGAAGGGGUGUCUACCGAGGGGGAGAAGGACUGUGAGCCCAGGGGCAGCCAUGGGGUCAAGGAACCCACAAUCCAGGAAGAAGAGCGAGCCCGGGAUUUAAGGAGGACUAACAGUCUGUUGGUGUCCAGAGGCUCUGGGCUGGCAGGAGCCCUCGAUGAGGCCAACACACCCCUAGUCCUGCCCCAACCCGAGCUGGAAGUGGGGAAGGAUGCAGCGCUGACAGAGCAGGAGCCGGAGGGCAGCAGUGAGCAAGCCCUGCUGGGGGACGUGCAUCUGGACAUGGGCCGGGCCAUCAGCCAGAGUGAGCCUGACCUCUCCUGCUCCACAGCCAACACAGAUAAGGCCGCCACUGAGAGCACCAGCGUCACUGUUGCCAUCCCUGACGUGGGCCCCUUGGUGGACUCUACAGUGGUGCACAUUAGCAACAAGACGGAUGGAGAAGCCAGUCCCCUGAAGGAGGCGGAGAUCAAAGAGGAGGAGGAGGAGGAGGUGGAGAAGAAGCAGCAGAAGAAGGAGAAGCGUGAGACGGGCAAAGCCAUGGUGCCCCACAGCUCUAUGUUCAUCUUCAGCACCACCAACCCGAUUCGCAGGGCCUGCCACUACAUCGUGAACCUGCGCUACUUUGAGAUGUGCAUUCUCCUGGUCAUCGCAGCCAGCAGCAUUGCCCUGGCAGCCGAGGACCCUGUCCUGACCAACUCGGAGCGCAACAAAGUCCUGAGGUAUUUUGACUAUGUUUUCACUGGCGUGUUCACCUUCGAGAUGGUUAUAAAGAUGAUAGACCAGGGCUUGAUCCUGCAGGAUGGGUCCUACUUCCGAGACCUGUGGAACAUCCUGGACUUUGUGGUGGUAGUUGGCGCAUUGGUGGCCUUUGCUUUGGCAACCAACAAGGGGCGGGACAUCAAGACCAUCAAGUCUUUGCGGGUGCUCCGAGUUCUGAGGCCACUGAAGACCAUCAAGCGCUUGCCCAAGCUUAAGGCUGUGUUCGACUGUGUGGUGACCUCCUUGAAAAACGUCUUCAACAUCCUCAUCGUCUACAAGCUCUUCAUGUUCAUCUUUGCUGUCAUCGCAGUUCAGCUUUUCAAGGGAAAGUUCUUUUAUUGCACGGACAGUUCCAAGGACACCGAGAAAGAGUGCAUAGGCAACUAUGUAGAUCAUGAGAAAAACAAGAUGGAGGUCAAAGGCCGAGAAUGGAAGCGCCAUGAGUUCCACUAUGACAACAUUAUCUGGGCCCUGCUGACCCUCUUCACUGUCUCCACGGGGGAAGGAUGGCCUCAAGUUUUGCAACAUUCUGUUGAUGUGACAGAGGAAGACCGAGGCCCAAGCCGCAGCAACCGCAUGGAGAUGUCCAUCUUUUACGUGGUCUAUUUUGUAGUCUUCCCUUUCUUCUUUGUCAAUAUCUUUGUGGCUCUCAUUAUCAUCACCUUCCAGGAGCAAGGUGACAAGAUGAUGGAGGAGUGCAGCCUGGAGAAGAAUGAGAGGGCGUGUAUCGACUUCGCCAUCAGUGCCAAACCCCUUACCCGCUACAUGCCGCAGAACAGGCACACCUUCCAGUACCGUGUCUGGCACUUUGUGGUAUCCCCAUCCUUUGAGUACACCAUCAUGGCCAUGAUCGCCUUGAACACCAUCGUGCUGAUGAUGAAGUACUACUCUGCUCCCUGUACCUAUGAACUGGCCCUGAAGUACCUGAACAUCGCCUUCACCAUGGUGUUUUCCCUGGAAUGUGUCCUAAAGAUCAUUGCAUUUGGCUUCUUGAACUAUUUCCGAGACACCUGGAAUAUCUUUGACUUCAUCACCGUGAUCGGAAGCAUCACAGAAAUUAUUCUGACAGACAGCAAGCUGGUGAACACCAGUGGCUUCAAUAUGAGCUUUCUGAAGCUCUUCCGAGCCGCCCGCCUCAUCAAGCUUCUGCGUCAGGGCUACACCAUCCGUAUUUUACUUUGGACCUUCGUCCAGUCCUUUAAGGCCCUGCCCUACGUCUGCCUUUUGAUUGCCAUGCUUUUCUUCAUCUACGCCAUCAUUGGGAUGCAGGUAUUUGGAAACAUAAAAUUAGAUGAGGAGAGUCACAUCAACCGGCACAACAACUUCCGGAGUUUCUUUGGGUCGCUCAUGUUACUCUUCAGGAGUGCCACAGGUGAGGCCUGGCAGGAGAUCAUGCUGUCGUGCCUCGGGGAGAAAGGCUGUGAGCCGGACACCACCGCACCCUCAGGGCAGAACGAGAAUGAGCGUUGCGGCACUGAUCUUGCCUACGUUUACUUUGUCUCUUUCAUCUUCUUCUGCUCCUUCUUGAUGCUCAACCUGUUUGUGGCUGUCAUCAUGGACAACUUUGAGUACCUGACUCGGGAUUCGUCUAUCCUGGGGCCUCACCACUUGGACGAGUUUGUCCGUGUCUGGGCAGAAUAUGACAGAGCUGCAUGUGGCCGCAUCCAUUACACUGAGAUGUAUGAAAUGCUGACUCUCAUGUCACCACCGCUAGGCCUCGGCAAGAGAUGUCCCUCCAAAGUGGCAUAUAAGAGGUUGGUCCUGAUGAACAUGCCAGUGGCUGAAGACAUGACAGUCCACUUCACCUCCACACUUAUGGCUCUGAUCCGGACAGCUCUGGAUAUCAAAAUUGCCAAAGGUGGUGCAGACAGGCAGCAGCUAGACGCAGAGCUACAAAAGGAAACCCUGGCCAUUUGGCCUCACCUGUCCCAGAAGAUGCUGGAUCUGCUGGUGCCCAUGCCCAAAGCCUCUGACCUGACUGUGGGCAAAAUCUAUGCAGCAAUGAUGAUCAUGGACUACUAUAAACAGAGUAAGGUGAAGAAGCAAAGGCAGCAGCUGGAGGAACAGAAAAACGCACCCAUGUUCCAGCGCAUGGAGCCCUCAUCUCUGCCUCAGGAGAUCAUCGCUAAUGCCAAAGCCCUGCCUUAUCUCCAGCAGGACCCCGUCUCAGGCCUGAGUGGCCAUAGUGGAUACCCUUCGAUGAGUCCACUCUCCCCCCAGGAAAUAUUCCAGUUGGCUUGUAUGGACCCAGCAGAUGACGGACAGUUCCAGGAACAGCAGUCUCUGGAGCCAGAGGUUAGUGAAUUUAAAAGCGUGCAGCCCUCUAACCAUGGCAUCUACCUUCCUUCGGACACCCAGGAGCAUGCGGGAUCUGGGAGGGCAUCCUCUAUGCCACGCCUGACUGUGGAUCCCCAGGUGGUGACAGACCCCAGCUCCAUGAGACGAUCAUUUUCCACUAUUCGGGAUAAGCGUUCCAAUUCCUCAUGGUUGGAGGAAUUCUCCAUGGAACGAAGCAGUGAAAACACCUACAAGUCACGUCGCCGGAGUUACCACUCCUCCCUCAGGCUGUCAGCCCAUCGCCUGAACUCUGACUCAGGCCACAAGUCCGACACCCACCGCUCAGGGGGCAGAGAGCGGGGACGAUCGAAAGAGCGAAAGCAUCUUCUCUCUCCUGAUGUCUCCCGCUGCAACUCAGAGGAGCGAGGGACCCAGGCCGACUGGGAGUCCCCAGAGCGUCGUCAGUCCAGGUCUCCCAGUGAGGGCAGGUCACAGACCCCCAACAGACAGGGCACGGGCUCCCUGAGUGAAAGCUCCAUCCCCUCCGUCUCUGACACCAGCACCCCAAGACGGAGUCGUCGGCAGCUCCCACCAGUCCCUCCUAAGCCUCGGCCCCUCCUCUCCUACAGCUCCCUGAUACGACAACACACCGGGAGCAUCUCGCCACCCGCUAAUGGGAGUGAGGGUGGCUCCCCACUGGCCUCCCAAGCUCUGGAGAGCAACGACGCUAUCCUGACCGAGUCUUCCAACUCCCGGCACGCACAGCAGGGCCCACACUCCUCCCCACAGCGCUACAUCUCCGAGCCCUACCUGGCCCUGCACGAAGACUCCCAUGCCUCGGACUGUGGCGAGGAGGAGACGCUUACCUUUGAAGCAGCUGUGGCUACCAGCCUGGGCCGUUCCAACACCAUCGGCUCAGCCCCGCCCCUGCGGCACAGCUGGCAGAUGCCUAAUGGGCACUAUCGGCGGCGGAGGCGUGGGGGGCCUGGGCCAGGCGUGAUGUGUGGAGCUGUCAGCGACCUCCUGAGCGACACGGAAGAAGACGACAGAUGCUAGAGGCUGCUCCCCCCUCCGAUGCAUGCUCUUCUCUCACACGGAGAAAACCAAGACCGAAUUGGGAAGCCAGUGCGGCCCGGGGGGGAGGAAGAGGGAGGAGGAAGAUGGAAGGACACCAUGCAUUAUCAGAGAAGAAGGAAAGGACAAAAGGAAAACCAGUCAAACCCACCAAAUUGCUUUAUUUCCCUUUGCAAGACGGGCACUGCCAUAGUUCUGCCUCUUUGCUGGGGAAAGAAAAUACCGGAUGGUUAUUCCCAUGGGAGAAGAGACACAAGGAUGGCUUUGCUUCCCCUUGCCCCUUCCCACUUUUCUAAAAGCCGUGGAGGGAUUGAGCUGGCCUGUGUCUACGCCCAUUGCCCUGAGAAGCCUGGAAGACUUUCUGGCUCUUAAGUGGGGAGCCGUGGAGACUCGGAGGGGAAUCUCCUCCCUCACCAGCUCUUGCUCUUCAGCCAGCACCACUGCCACCAGGGCAACUGCAGCAGCAUCUCAUGCGUUAUCUUGUGGCUUGCUUCCCCCAAAGAAGCGCAGGCUAAGUUCAGGAGCAUUGGAUGCCAGGGGGAGGAGGCGGGGAGGGAGGGAGGAAAGAGCUGAAGUGGAAGGGGUCAGGGUGCUGUGGUAGC